CGUGACAAUGCUGAGCGUGGUGGGUCUGAGCUUUGUGGCUUUGCUCUUAACAGUUGGGGCGUUGACGCUGGAGAGCGACAGAGCGGAGUAUGAUUACUUCAAGUACCACCCGAUGGAUGAGAUCAGCAGCUGGAUGGUUCAGAUGGAGAAGGACCACCCCGACGUGGUGACCGUGGUGGACUACGGGAGGACGUACGAGAAAAGGACGAUCAGCUUGCUGAAGAUCGGCCUGAAGACCGAAGCCAAAAAGAAGGCCGUCUGGAUGGACUGUGGGAUUCAUGCUAGAGAAUGGAUCGCUCCCGCCUUCUGUCAGUACUUUGUCAGACAGAUUCUCCACGCAUACAAAACAGACGAUAAGAUGGCAGCGAUGCUGACCAACAUGGACUUCUACAUCACGCCGGUGCUCAACAUAGACGGCUACAUCUUCUCCUGGAAGGACAGCUCGACACGGCUGUGGAGGAAGAACAGGUCACCGGGACCUUCGGGCGACUGCUACGGCGUCGAUCUCAACCGCAACUUCGAUGCCAACUGGGGCACUGUCGGCGUGUCGUCCAACUGCAGCUCCAACAUCUACUGCGGGACCGGGCCCAUCUCGGAGCCCGAGGCCCAGGCCGUGGCUUACUUCGUUGGAAGCCGAAAGGAAGACUUCCUGUGUUUCCUCACCAUCCACUCCUACGGCCAGCUGCUCCUGAUUCCCUACGGACACCCCAACUUCACCGCCUCCAACUACGACGAGCUGAUGACGGUGGGACAGGGUGCAGCUGAAGCCAUAUGGAGGGUCCACGGGAAAAAAUACACAGUAGGAACCUCCCCGGAUGUAUUAUACGCCAACUCUGGUUCAUCCAGAGACUGGGCCCGGAUGCAGGAAAUCCCGCUCACCUUCACCUUCGAGCUGAGGGAUAACGGCACGUACGGCUUCGAGCUCCCCGAGGACCAGAUCCGGCCGACCUGCGAGGAGGCCUACAGCGGGGCCCUGCACAUCAUCGCCUACGCCCACGACAAGACCUUUAACGGCGCCGCAGCCGCUGCCGCAGCGACUCUUUGGGCCGUGCUGUUAGCGGCGGGGGUCUCCGGGGCCAACCUGAUGUGAGGAGGAAAGCUGCUCUCGCACUUUAAAAGGCACGAGUACUUAUAUUUAAGCAGAAGCGGAUGAUGUUUUAUUUUUUCCUGAAGAUCUCUUCCUUGAUUUCAAGUUUAUUGGGAUGAAGUGUAACACAGGGGUGUCAAACUCAUUUUGGUUGAGGGGCCGCAUUCAGCUUAAUCUGAUCUCAAGAGGGCCACACGAGUUAACUCAUUGCAAGAUUAAAUAGAA